GUACAUUGCCUCCACGCAGCGCCCUGAUGGGACCUGGAGGAAGCAGCGAAAGGUGAAGGAGGGAUACGUGCCCCAAGAAGAGGUGCCAGUGUGCCCGACCAACUUUGACCCCCUCUUAUACCAUAAGAUGUAACCUGGCGGUAUGUAUUAACUCCCCUUAUAAAUCAUUCUGGUGGGUAGCUUUGGAUGUGUCCUGCCUGCGAGGAUAACCUCUGCUCGCAUCGCUAGUCUCUGGCAUAGAGCUCAGGUACUCGCCAACAGUGCUCAAAUCCUGUAAUAUUCGAGGGGCGUCUGUUUCACUCCUCUGGUCCUGGGCAUCUCCUUCUGCCCUGAGAGUGGCGGCCAGGUGCUGUGAUUCCUUUGCCCUUUAGAGUUGUCACUCAGUGAUGCUGCUAUUCUGUGGGGCCUGAUGGGAGGAGCUGAGCAUUCAUGACUGGUUGGGUGGUGAUUGGACCAGAGGGUUCUCAGCACCUCUUGCGGUGGGCUGGCUCUGCAGUGGCAAGGCCUUGGGGCUCUGGGUGUAAUGGGGUCAGAGAGCGUUGGCGCUGAUGGCCGCCGCGUGGACCAGCUGGCUGGCCCCUGUUCUUUGUGCGUGGGAGAGGGAAGUCCUGAUGGAUUUUGUUCUGUGCAGGUAUGAGAAUAAGUAUGUGAAGUUUUUCAAAAGCAAACCGGACCUGCCCCCCGGUCUGAGCCCCGAGGCCAACGUGCAGCCAGGCAAGCAGGCCACCAAGGCGGAGAGCGGUGAGACCGGCCUGUCCAAAACGGCCAAGAGGAACUUGAAACGUAAGGAGAAGAGGAAGCAGCAGCAGGAGAAAGGGGAGAGGGAGACAGACGAACUGAUCCAGUCACUGGAGAAGGCCACCCUCUCGGGGGGCAGCAGCAGGGACAGGGACCCCCCGGGGCAUGGUAAGUCGGCCCUGCAGCAGCAGCAGGCCUGCGGCGGAAAGGCCCUGGGGGACGGGGACUCCUCAGCCUCUGAGAAAACAAAGAAGAUGAAAAACCUGAAAAAGAAGCUUCGGCAGGUGGAGGAGCUGCAGCAGCGGCUGGACUCGGGGGAAAUAAAGCAGCCGACGAAAGAGCAGCUGGAGAAGCUGGCGCGGCGGAAAGCGUUGGAGGAGGAACUGGAGGACCUGGAGCUGGAUUUGUAAGCGGGGGCCUGGGAGGGAGACUCUGAACCAGACUCUGCGCGCAGGUGACUGAAUUCUGCGAGCUGUGGUGACCAGAGCCCAGCUGCCUCGUUGGGCCCGGCUGGGUGUUUUGUUGGGUGCUGCCUGCUUUUUAAGAACAAUUUCCCAGCUAUCGAUGUUAAAACUCAACAACUUUUCACAUACCUCUCUCCUUUUUUUUAUUAUUUUCUUUUGGGGG